AUUUCCGUAAAGUUGAAAGUGUCUUUACUUUGGAGGAUGACACCUUAGUCUGGACUUCUACUGAUAAGAAUGGGUUAACUACUGUAGUACGUCGAACAAUUAGUUCAGAGGGUAUAAUGCUAGUUGAGAUGGAGGUUCGGGGAAUCACUGCUACAGCAAAGUUUAAGAAAUCCUAACUCAGGACUAUCCUACUCAAGCAGACUAACCUGCUGAAACAGGAAUAACCUGCUGAAACAGGACUAACCUGCUGAAACAGGACAAACCUGCUGAAGCAGGAUAAACCUGCUGAAACAGGACAAACCUGCUGAAGCAGGACAAAUCUGCUCAAAUAGUAUCCCAACCAGGCUGAAGGACUUCCCUGGCUAAAAAUCUACUAUUUCUUAAAAAAUUGAAAAUUUUAUUCUUGAUUACUGAAAUCUUUUAAAUGUUUAAUGAUGUUGCUUUUUAUAA